UUGGUCCGCAACAGUUUUAUCCGGUGAGAUCAUCAACGGGAAUGCAGCUCUUCUCCUCUUCCAAAUCGCAGUUCACUCUCUUCUCUCUUCACUCUCCAAACCCUCCCCCUACCCCUAACAACCUCCCAAGAUCUCUCUCCAAAGUCCCCAUCAAAUCUCUCCUCCUCAAAUCCCCUCCCUCUUCUUCAUCAUCAUCCAAGAACUCGUCUGCUCAAAUUAUACAAGAAACGGUCGACGAAGAGAAGAGUUCUGAUGGAUUUCUUUCUGUUCGUCGGCCGGUGAAGGAGAUCUCGGGGGAUGAUGAAUUUGUUGAUGAAGGGGAAGGGGGCGAUAAAUUGGGAUCUUCUUCUUCUUCGAAGAUUGAAGAUAAGCUCAAUGAGAUGGCGAAGAAGAUGCCUAUGUUUGAACCAGAGAGGCUUGUUGAGGUCUCAGCCGAGGAGAAACCGUUGGGGAUCAACUUGGAGCUUGCUUUGUAUAGAGCUAAGGUCUUGACUAGAAACUUCCAGUUCAAAGAAGCUGAAAAGGUUCUUAAAAAGUGUAUCUUAUUUUGGCCUGAAGAUGGGAGGCCAUACGUGGCCCUUGGGAAGCUCUUAAAUAAGCAGUCAAAGUUUUCAGAGGCUCGGUCAGUGUAUGAAAGGGGUUGCCAAGCAACACAAGGAGAGAAUUCCUAUAUUUGGCAGUGUUGGGCUGUUCUGGAAAAUAAGGUCGGGAAUGUACGACGGGCAAGAGAACUUUUUGAUGCUGCAACUGUGGCUGAUAAGAGACAUGUCGCAGCUUGGCAUGGAUGGGCAGUUCUCGAACUCAAACAAGGAAAUAUAAAGAAGGCUAGAAAUCUUCUUGGUAAAGGACUUAAGUAUUGUGGUGGAAAUGAGUACAUAUACCAAACUCUUGCUCUACUUGAAGCUAAGGCAAAUAGGUUUGAGCAAGCUCGUUACUUGUUUCAGCAAGCUACAACAUGUAACCCCAAAAGCUGUGCUAGUUGGCUCGCAUGGGCACAAGUAGAAAUGCAGCAAGAAAAUAACCAUGCAGCUCGGCAGCUUUUUGAGAAAGCAGUUCAGGCUAGUCCAAAGAACAGGUUUGCCUGGCAUGUGUGGGCAUUAUUUGAAGCCAAUCUCGGCUACACUGAUAAAGGACGGAAGCUUCUGAAGAUUGGACAUGCACUGAAUCCAAGGGAUCCUGUCAUUCUUCAGUCACUUGCUUUACUAGAAUACAAGCAUUCUUCUGCAAACCUUGCUCGAGUAUUGUUUAGAAGAGCAUCUGAACUAGACCCGAGGCACCAGCCAGUAUGGCUUGCUUGGGGAUGGAUGGAAUGGAAAGAAGGUAACAUGCGCACAGCAAGGGAUCUCUACCAGAAGGUCUUGUCGAUUGAUUCAACAAGUGAAUGUGCUGCACGUUGUCUUCAGGCUUGGGGCGUCUUAGAACAGAGGGCUGGUAAAUUAUCAGCAGCUAGAAGAUUGUUUAGGUCAUCAUUGAACAUAAAUUCUCAAAGUUAUGUUACAUGGAUGACAUGGGCAUCACUGGAGGAGGACCAAGGAAAUCCUAUUAGGGCUGAAGAAAUUCGAAAUUUAUACUUUCAGCAGCGUACGGAAGUGGUGGAUGAUGCUUCAUGGGUUAUGGGUUUUCUCGACAUUUUUGAUCCGGCUCUUGAUAGCAUAAAGAGACUCCUAAACUUGGGUCAAAACUCAGAUUCCAAGGGGAAGGAAAUAUUAAGAAGACUGGAGGGAGAGACUGAUGCUUCAACUGGUUCAUCUUCUCAGGUGAUCGAUCACAUUAACUUGGUAAAUGAAGGCAAUGUAGGUCUUCAAAUGAGUGAAUUUGACUUGGAUGCUUUUAUCCAAGAUAAGUUAAAUCUUGAUGCUUCAAAACUGGAUUCCCAGCUGAUAGUAUCGGAACCUCACAAAAUCAAAUCAAGCAGGAGGUUGUGGAGGCCAGAAAGGAAAUCCUUCGUCUCUCGGCCUUAACCAUCCAUUAUCUGGUUCAUACUGCAUAAAGAAGAGUUUCCAAGAAUUAUUUGGUUGUAAAUUCCCAUCUUAUGCCAACUUAUAUUCAUAAGUUAAUUAAUGACAGUAUUCUGUCAGAAACUGUGAUGUAUAGCUGUAUAUUAAGAUAAUUUGUUAAUGUGUCCAUAACCUGUAGAAUUACCGUGCGUAAUUGUAAUUGCGCCAAUUGAUUAUUUAGCUUCUACUUGCUGCUC